AAAACGGUCAUCGUCUUGUUGAGCUUGGAGACUCUCUUCUUCUUCUUCUUCUUCUUCUUCUUCAUCCACCAUUAACACACACUUGAAAGUGACAAUGCCAAAGACUUCAAUCAUACGCUUUAUUUAUGAUGGAUACUAUUCAAGUAUUGGAAAAGAUGUACGAUGGAUUUCAAGUAAAGAUAAUGAAGUGUAUUCUUUUCUUAUGAAGACAUCAUCUAGUGAUGUAUCAUAUGCUAAGUUGGUUGAGAAGAUAUGCAGCAAGAUAAAGGUAGAUGUGGCUAUGAAAAAUCUGAGAAUUGAUGGAGUGAAUAAAGAGAUUGCUCUAGUUGGUGGAACGAAUGGUAGUGGUGGUGGUGGUAUCGUCGAUAUGUACGUAAGAGAACCAUCACUACAAAAUCUAGUGGUGGUCGAGAAUGAAGAUAGAGAUGUAGAAGGAAACCAGUCUGGACCUCUUUUAUGGGAAGAUGGUCUUGAUUUCACGAUAGGCCAGGAAUUUGGAAGCAAAAAAGCAAUACAAAGUUUAAUUGAAAAGGCUGGACAUAAGAAUUGUUUUGAGUUUGUUGUAAAGAAGUCGGAGCCAGUAGCAGCUGCAAGAGAAGCAAAGAAGGAAGCAGAUCCUGAGAUAGAGUUACAUGACUUGUGUUCAAAAUAUUACUGGAUUGAGGUUUGGGUUUUGGCGUAUUCAAGGACGAUUUAUCCGGUUCCCCAUAGUUGUCAAUGGAUUGUUCCGAGGAGACCAUGAAACGGUUAAUCUUGCCUCCGGAUUAUGAUGUUAAACAAGGAAGAAGACAAGAAAAAAGGUUCGCAUCUGUUGGAGAACAUAGAGGAAAAGGAGGUAAGAAGAAGUCGAAGAAGCCGACUGGUACGAGUGAGUGGUUUGACAAAGAUGGUGACCAAAAUUGAUUUUAGGAACAUUGGUGUUUGUAUUUGUUCUGUUUCUGAUUGAGUUGUUCUGUCUUGGUACAACUAAGUACAACCGGUACAACUAUAGUCUAUUACCAAAAUAUAAAA